UGGUGCCUGGUGCUGCUGCUCUUUGUGUGAAAUUGGGCGCAGUUCGUGCGGUUCAAGUGAAUGUUUUGGAUAGUUUUCUCAGCAGUUGCUUAAUGCGCUUUUUUAACGCUAGUCAAGACAGUUGCGCAUAUUCAAAGAUCUAGGUCGGUCGGUCGGUCGGUCGGUCGUUCGUUCGCUCCUCACACAAAACUCGCAAGCUUAAUUGCCAAGGCUAAAUUCUCUAGGCCAAUGCACCCACCCCUUUGACAAAAGUGAUUUAAAUAAAAAUUCUACCAGAUUGCAAGAAAAAAUAAAAACUUGCUAAAAACUACCACAAAACAGCAAGAGAGAACAUUUCAUGUAGAUGCAAACAUUUGAAAGAACCAAAAAUAAUUGGAAAGUGAUCCAUCGAUUGUCUCGAGACAGCUAUCUGGAAAGCCCCAGUGGCGUAAUUCACAUCGCCUUCUGCUAAUUCUGUGAAUAAUACCAUUUUCAACAAAGUGCAAACACAGCACGCUCUAAGUGCAAGAGCAGAGAGGCCGCACUACAAUGCGAAUAAUGUGUUGCCAACGCCAUCACCUGCACAGCAAACAACAAAAGUUUUUUAUUUAAGUUAUCAGAGCCAAUUGCCGGCCACACCAGGAAGAAGUAGUUUCUAACUGAUCACAUGAACACACACAAGGACAGAAAAUUAUCAAUUAUCUAAGAUAAGAUACAGAGGAAAAGAAAGAUUCAGGGUAAACCACCUUCUCUAAGAGAGAAACCUUACAACACCCACUAAAGAAACAACAGACAGCAGCAGACGCCAUGGAUGAAACGCAACAUUUUUGUCUGCGCUGGAACAACUACCAAAGUAGCAUAACAUCGGCCUUUGAAAAUUUAAGAGAUGACGAAGAUUUCGUUGAUGUCACAUUGGCCUGCGAAGGUCGCAGCAUUAAGGCGCAUCGUGUGGUGCUCUCAGCAUGCAGUCCCUACUUCCGAGAUCUAUUAAAGAGCACACCCUGCAAACAUCCAGUGAUCCUGUUGCAGGAUGUAAAUUUCCAUGAUUUACAUUCUUUGGUUGAGUUUAUCUAUCAUGGCGAAGUCAAUGUACACCAGAAGUCGUUGCAAUCGUUUCUCAAAACAGCCGAAGUUCUAAGAGUUUCGGGACUAACACAGCAGCAGGCCGAAGAAACACAUAGUCAAUUAGCUCAAAUACAGAAUCUGGCCAAUUCGGCUCGAACACCUCUCAAUCCGCUGCACACACCACUGCACGAUGAGUCGCCUUUGUACCAGAGAAAUGCGGCAUCACCACCGCCGCCUCUGCCACCCACACAGAUGCCGUUCUUCAAGCGCGGCAUUGGAAUGCUCAGACGUGAUCACAACAACUCGACGUCAUCUGCGGAAGACCCCUCCAACACUUUAAAGAGAAUGCGUGGCCCCGAUAAUGGUUUGCCCCCCAGCAACAACAACAGUCCCGAUAUUGUCCACCCACGCAGCACAUCCCCCCAAUUGACCCCCACGGAUUUCUCUACAAUGAAACACAAUAACAACAACUCACCAACGCCAAAGGAUGAGAAACGCAAUGGCUCCUCGACAAAUUCGUCUGGUAACGGCAAUGGUAACGGAAAUGGCAGUGCCAAUGCGAAUGCAAAUGGAAAUGGCAAUGGCAUAACGACAGGCGAAAAAUUGGGCAGUCUUACACCGUCGCCGCUAGCCCGCAGGGCAGAAGAUGUUAAAUCCGAACCCAUGGAAUUGGUAUGCAGUAACAAUAACGAGGAGCACAGCAAUGAUUCCCACGGCGAUAACGAACAGCUGCGUGUUGGCAGUGUGGACUGUGGCAAAGGCUCACUAAGCUCGGGAAACGAUGAAGAAAUCGAAAACACCAUGCCCUCACAUCAAUCUUCGGCUCCCUUUCUGAUUUCGCCGGCCGAAUCGAAGUUGUUUCCAUCAGCACCAUUCACAUUUCCCAUGGGCAACCUAGAUCCCGCAGCAUUUGCCAGCUUGAAUUCACAGAUGCCAUCUGCCGCCGAUAUAGCCGCAUCCCCACAAGGUGGAAGCACUAACCUACUCGGUGGCGUUAUAGUGCCCGGGGUCAAUGCAAAUACAAGUAGCAACCACCAUCAUUCCACUCAUGCACUUCACCACGAACACCAUUUGCACCAAGCGAACGAGCGCAGUGCGGCCGCGGAUGAAGCGAGUGAAACGAGUGAGCGCCAUCAGCGUGAACCACAGUCGGAGCGUGAACCAAGUCAGCAAUCAAGUUCCUUUCCAAACACUCCCUCCCCCCACCAUCAUCAUUUGCAUCAUCACCAACAGCAGUUGCAACAACAGUCCCAAUCGGCACAAAGUCCCCCACCCCAUAGCCAUGCCCACGCACAAUUCGGCUUGCAACAGCAUCCCCUUUCCAUGCUUCCCACCCACCACUUACAUUCCCAUCACGACCUCUCCCCCUCCACCCAUCACCACCAUCAUCACUUGAGUCGUGCUCCGUCGCCAUUCGACCACCACCACUUGCUUCAGCAUCGACGUUCCUCUCUGUCGCCAUCGCCCACAGGUCGAUCCUCCAAUUCGUCUUCUGCAGCUGGCAUUCUGGCGUCUUCGCGGGCCUCUGAGUUGGCCGGUGGCAAUCGACUGCUGCUACCAUUGCCCCUGAAUGCAUGCCACCGGUGCGAUGUGUGUGGCAAACUCUUAAGCACCAAACUGACUCUCAAACGCCACAAGGAACAGCAGCACUUGCAGCCGCUUAACAACGCCGUCUGCAAUCUCUGCCACAAAGUAUUCCGAACGCUGAAUAGUUUGAACAACCACAAGAGUAUCUAUCACAGACGCCAAAAGCACCACUCAUACUUCCACCAUGCCUCCGUGGGCGCCGGAGUGGGUGCCUCGUCCGGGGCAGGCAGUCGUUUACACCAGUCCCUGAGCUCCCUCAGCGCUGCUGCUGCAGCUAAUAGUUCUGCAACGCAAAGGGGCAAUGACAAUGCAGUUGCCGCCGCGGCAGCAGCAGCUGCUGCUGCAGCCGAGCUCCUUUUGUCACCCAUAGUCGGCGCAGCAUCUGUGGCCGGCGGCAGUUCGGGUCCCACUAUGCAACUAUCAUCACACCAACAGCAGUCUUCGCCAAACAUCGUGAAACCCUGUAUGGACUACUUAUAAGAUCAGCAUAACUUCCUGCAACACCUCUUUAGUUUUGCCAUGAAUCCUGCGAGUUCAGCUUCAGCCGCUGCCUCCCAUCAUCCGUUGGCAAACACCACCACCACCGCAAGUGAUGUCUCAAUGACGCCAUCCAAUGCAGCGCAACAACCGCCGCCACCACCACUGCAGACGGCCCCACCGCAGGCAACGCCAUCAUCGUCCCAACCACCACCUCCGAUUGUAGAUCUAACACAAAUAGAGAAUUAUGCCAUGGCCUCCUGUGAUGACCCAUACAGCACCAUGCAUUUGUUGCACCACUGAAGUGUGGCCCCGUCUCCACAGAUCGCGCCAACAAAACAUCUUAACAUCCACGCCUCUGCCCCUCACCUUCCCCACUCCCGUCCCACGCCAACUUCCUUGAACCCUAGCCCGUUUGGAUCUCAAAAACACUUACAAAGAUUUAUUUUUUAUUAAGAUUUAGGCGAAUUCAAAACUGUGAUUUUUACAAUAUAACAUUUUUUAAAUUUCAUUUAAAAAACGCUCACACACACGCAAAACCAUUUAAAAACAAAGAAAACAAACAAAACAAAAAACAAAACUCAUACAACGCACGUUUUAGCGUUAUAAGUCCAAGAUAAGAUUUAAAGUGCAUUUCAUGCGAAGCAAAGGCUCACAAAAUGAGCAACUCCCUGUGACAUAAGGCCACAUACAUACUACAUACGCCUCCUCCUCCUCCUCCUCUGUUACCACUCACUCACUUAACCAACCAACCAAUCAACCACCCACCCACCCACGAACUCUUUAGUGUAUGAAAAAUUACUUGUGCAAUUGUAUAUUUUUUCGUUUUUUCGUUUUUUCUUUUUCGUUAUUGUAAUUUAUUGAUAUAUAUGACUGUAAUUGUUUAGUUCGAUUAUUUAAACGAUCUUCCGUGACAAUAUGUACGUCUCACCCACCACAUCCUGGACUCCAAAAGAAUUCCAAACUGUAGCCCUAAUUGAUACAAAAUGAUACAAUAUGGAAAUUUUCGUUAAAUGGCAAGGGCACUGUGCUGCUGCCACCACUACUAUUACAACUACUCUUUAAAAGAACAGCAAGAAGAAGGACUAGAAGGACUUAUUGUGUAAACUGAAAAGAUUUCAAAUCAUUGUAAUAUACAACCAACCAACCAACCAUACAUACAUAUAGUUAUAGGACCUCCAAACCCCUAGCAUCUAAGAUAGAGAAGGAUAUUGUACAUGUACAUACAUAUACACACACAUGCAAACAUAAAUCCAUGCAUUAUACAUAUACACAUAUGCUGUUCGAUGUAAAUAUUCGAAUUCGUCGAUAUACAUUCACAUGAGAGAAAGAAGCCCUGAUCCAAAUUUUUUCUUUUCAGAAGUAUUUCAUUUUACCACUUAUGUCUCGCGAUAUAUCUAGAAGUUUUUUUCGUUUUUUUUUUUUUUGUUUUCGUACUCUUAAUUUUCGCACCGGCCUUGGCCUCGUGUUUAACACAAGCAAGACCGAUUACUCUCGCUUACUUUUGUAUUGUUUUGUUUUUAGGCAUCGAAAGGACUGAUAGUUUUAGGUUUAAGAACAAUGAAAACAAAACAUUUUUACAAUCCUUUGGCAAUGGUUGACCAACAUUUUUAUUGGCGAUAUUGUUUUAGAGGGAGAAUCAAAAUUUUUUCUGAACGAAGGAAAACGCAAAUCCAUUUUUGUUACAAAGACUGAAUUUUUUGGGACUUUUUCGCAAGAAAUAAAAUUGAACUUUUUCGAAAUUACCAAUUACAUUAAAAUUAAAUUAUUAUUAUAGAUAUAUUAUUACCUACUUCCGUUAACAAAAACAAAAGCAAGCAAAAAGAAAUGCUGUAAACCUGCAACUGAACGAUACGAUAAGUUAUGCAAACAAACAAGUCUGAAUAUGUAUUGUAUUUUUUUUUUUAAUUUUUUGUUUUUAAUUUGUAAUAUUUUCUUUUCCUGAUUUUACCAAAAUUACAUUUUGUAAAAACGACUUCAAAUGUUCUCCAAGGUAUUCUCAUGUAGAAGAGAAAAGAAAAGAGAAGAGAAAAGUAUGUAAAAUAUACCUACUACCUACAUUUAAGUAUUAUUAUUAUUUCAUUCGUAUACAACACAAUAUACCUACUAAACAAAACAAAAAAAAAGGAAAAAAUAACAAAUGAUAAAGAAAUACAAGAAGUUUUGAGAAAAUAUCUGUUUUAGAAUUUCCAUAUUUUGUGACCCCAGCCCCAAAAGCUCUACUAAGCGCCCCGACCCCAAGCCCUCCGCCCUAGCCCUCACCCCAUUCUGCUCCAGGUCUUUAUGACAUAAGAUUUUUAAUGUAAAUGUUUUGUUGUUACAAUAAACUACAAUGAUGUGUACAUACAUACAUACAUACAAGCCACCACAACAACCACCACCACCACCACUACAACUCCAACUCCAACUCCAACACACACAUACAUAUUACUAAAUAAGCAACUAUUAAUAGGUAAACAUACAUAAAUACAUACACCUACCUAUACAUCUAAUACAUACAUAAAUUCCAACUUCUUUCAUUUGUUUUCUCCCACUUGAUUGUUUUCCUUGUUUACUUGUUUGCAUUUCACUUAAAAACUCCUACACAUAGCAGAUCUAUUGAAAUUGUUUACUAUUAUUACUACUUGUAUGAUUACUAUUGUAAUUGUCCUCAUUUAACUGUUGCAUAAAUGCAAACAAAAUGUAAAAAAGAAACCAUAAGCCUAUUACAAUUAAACACAGAACCCACACAAACACACACACACGCCAACACACCUCACACAAUUCAAUCAAGCAAGCAACCAACCAACCAACCAACCAACUACGUACAUACAUGCAUAUGAAUAAAACAAAACUUCCUAUUUCUUUUAAUCUGUAAUAUGUCAAUGUCACAAAACCUAAACUUACAAAUCAAACAAUAGCAAAAGCAAAAAAGAAACAAAACCAAAACCUAAGCCGAAGUCAAAGUCAAAGCGGAUACCUAGAAAAUCAUUUCAGCCGUUGUUGUUCGGCAUCGUUAUGGCAGCAACCCAAGUGCUGGCCACCCCUUGCGAGUGUGUGUGUGCAGAACGGCAACCACCAACGGCAAAGAGUAGCCACACUCAAAACGUAUGCCUUGACUACGAGAAGGAGAGUGAGAGUGAGUGAAGUAAAAUAAGAUCAUCUCAAAAAGCCCACAUUCUCUGUAUGUUGUAUGGUAAUGCAAGAACACCCAUACAUCUAAAGACAAAUUUACAAAGAUGUCGUAACAAAUUAUUUCAACUACGCAAAAACACUACAGAUAUGAGUACUUAUUUGAUUUAUUGUGAUUUUAGUAAACAUCUCUUUAUUGGAAAUAUCACAAUUAUCUGUAUACUUCGUAUGUAUUGUUAAAAGCACACGAAUAUGACAAAUCACACAUUUGCCCAACUAUUGGUUUUGAAUGGAGUUAUCCUGCAAGGAAUCCCAAAAACCAAAAGUACGGCGUGUCGCAUGUAGUGUAGGUAGCACUGCCUAUACACAAAAGGUAAUGGCAGCAUCAAUCGUUGGUGGAUCACAAUGCAAGUCCUGGCGGACCUGAAAUAGUGGUUCGAGUAGCUGCUAAGCUUUUUCUUGAAUAGAAGCAGUUAACUUAAAAGCCGAAUACUACGCUCUUUAUGAGAACUACGCCCUCCGGAUGCUUAAGAAGUAACAUUUCAAUCAAGAAAAGGUAUUCAUAGGCUUUCAAGUCGAACGAACCCCUUGAGCUGAUGAAAGGCGAUUUUAAUAUAAAUACAGCUGUGAUGUCGAUAAUGGUGAUUUGCAAUUAUACAGCAUUUGAAAUAUGACUAAUAACACCUGCAUCUUAAGAUUUCUGUCAUUUGUUCUCUAUUGUUCGCCAGAGGUGUCCGCAUUUAUUCGCUAAAAGUCAUAAGGCCAUUUACAGUUCCUAACUUGCUUAAUUUUUUCAGAAGAAACCUCUCGCUCCUUCUAAUCUAUUGCUAAUUUCGGCCAUGAACAUUCCACUAAGGAACAGGGGCAAACUUCUCACAUAUCAAUGAGUGCAGUCCGAUUAAAGCAAUGAUAAGGGGCCGCAGUGCGACACCUCUUUGAUGAGUACCUCACAAAUGUUGCCCGCAGUAGGAGGGGUAAAUUUUCUCCGAUGGUCUCGCCAGGAUUCGAACCCAGGCGUUCAGCGUCAUGGGCGGACAUGCUAACCUCUGCGAUACGAUGGCCUUCUAAUCUAUUGCUCAAUGCAAAGUUGCUCUACGAUGGACAAACCUAAACAAAAUCUAGUUAAAUCGGUCGAAGCUGACUAUACAAUGUCCUUCAGCUCCUCGAGUAUACCCAAUAUUCUUAAGCAAAUGCGUUAGCAUAUUGUAUACACAAAAACGGGUUAACGACAGUCAAAAAAACCACAUAGUUAUAUACCAAACUGGUAGGAUUUUGCAAAAAUAUUGCACACAGAGAUGUCGAAAAGAAUAUCUAACGAUUUAUGCAAACUUAUAUAAAUCUGAUUCGACUUAAACGAAAUUUUGCACGCGUAUUGAGAAUUGAAUUAAAAAACAUCCUUGCAACAUUUGGUAAACAUUGAACUUAAUCUGAUCCGAUUUUAAGUCGUCUAAAGCAAAAUUAACGUCAAAUACAACCUUUUUAAAGAUCGGAUUGGAAUGUUGGCUCUUAUGGCCAUAACAGAGUUUGUGGAAUGAAAAAUAUGCAUGUCGGAGCUAUGUGUGCUACAAUGACAUAGUCUGAACCCAUUUAGCCAAAAAACUAGUGUUUGUCCUUGGGUCUAAAGAGUGGCAUGUACAAUAUCAAAUGACAAUCGAACAACACAUCCAACCCACCACUUCUAAUUCAAAUGCAAAUUUGCCCAUGAACAUUCCGUUGAGGAACAGUGGCGGAGAGGGGAAAAAUUAUCCUCACUUUAAUGGUGACGACUUAAUCAUUGAUGCAGUCAUAUUUAUGCGAAAGAUGUUAUUAAAGGUUUUACUUUCGAUCUGACCAAUAUGUAUUGGCCAAUGCUCUCCAACUCUCAAUAUUCGAUGCCUUCCGCGCCCUUCUCGCAAAUCCAAAUCUAAGUAAAGCUGAGUAUCCUAUUUGAAUACAAUGAAAAUAUACCGCUAUAAGAAAUGAAAAUAAUAAUAAUUUUAUGAUUAAACAGCAAAACACAAUAAAAUCCUAUAUAAUAAAAUAGUAACAAUAAUGAAGAAAACAAAAAGAAUCUCAUCACUCUAACGGAAACAUGUAUCAAUGCCAGAAACAUACUACCCCCCAACUACAUCAAACAUACUAGCUGCAGAAAGAUAAACCAAACCAAACGAAACCAAAUCUUGUUUAAACCAAUUCAACAUCAGCAAUUGCUGCAUGUCCUUGUAGGCGCAUCGUCAUUUCGCCCAUAACGACAAAUGUCAUAUUGCCCAAACGACGCCAAUGUUAGUUGUUUUUGCACCCCUUUGUGCGAUAUGACCGUCUUUGGGCACAAAGACAUUUUAAGAUAUGACAUAUUACCCAUACCAACCAACCCAACCAAAAAAAAAAUUUAAUGUUACAAUGCCAUAAGACCCAAAUGAAUAAAUGACAUUAAACCCAAUAUAAUUUGGAUAAUAUGGCAGAUUUUUUUAAUGUGUUUUCUAAAAAACUCCAAAAAUAACAUAGCAUGAAAUCCCUCACUUUAUUUCAAAGAAAUUUUUACUUUAUUUUUCAUAUGGACCUAUGAGAAAGGAGAACAUUUUUAACCCGGGCCAAAGCCCGUAAUUUCCCCAUCCUUUGAAUGCCAUAGCUAUUUUUUUCAGAAGAAUGUUAACUUAAUUUUACUUUUGGACCUAUGAGAGAGGAAACUCGAAUUAUAUAUUGGAAAUUCAGUGGAGAUUUUUUGGAUUUUAUGACAUUUUCUGAAUAUGUAACAAACUGUAUAUAUAAGAAAAUGUUAUAACCAGUGUUGCCACUUAAGAAAAAUAUUUCCUAACAAAAUUUAAAAAAAAAUCCUCCACCGCAGAGUGGAGGGUCUACAAAGUACUAGAUCGUCGUCUUAUUUUAAUAGAUGAUUUGGACAUCUCCGUCCGUCUGUUUGUGGAAAUCACUCUACAGCCUAAAGUUCAAAGAUCGCCUAUAUGUCCAUAUGAUACAGCACUUACGACUUUUUCCCGAAAUUUGAGGCAGUGAGUCCCCUUGUAAUAGUAUUUGGCCCGACGCCAACUAUAGUUUUAUUCUGCACUCUUAACGAAUGCACUGAAACGACAGAAAGUGAAUUUAUUUUGAGUUGCCCCCCCAUAAAUGGAGGUCAGGCUACCAACCUACCAAAAGAAUAAAAAGCUUCCACCUAAAACGGCAAUUCUGACUGGUUGUGACAUUUUUUUCGAUUUGGGCGUUAUGGCAUAAUUAAAGUUGGGCUUAGUGGCACAGGUGGUUUUUGAUAUUAUGGCAUAUUUGAAGUGGCACAACAUCCAAAUCCAAAAUUUGGAUUUUGUGACAUUCAUUAGGGUUUUCUGUCAUUCCAAAAAUCGUUUUUGGUCGAUAUGACAUUUGUCGUUUUGGGCGAAAUGACGCUACGCCGUCUCUGUAUACACGCUGAAUGUAAGAUUGGAUAUUGUGUUGACAUUCCGCAAAUAAGAAUGUAUUUGUCAAAGGUAAAACUGUGCGCGAAAAGAUAAUCGAUUUAAAAUUUGGUGCAAAAAACAUUUUAUUGGUGCAAUGCAAUGGUAUUAUCCACCCUAAAAGGGGAAGCCGUACACACAUGUAUUACUCAGUUAUGCACGCUCUCACAGUCAGCCAGUAGAAGUGCACUGCGUUGUUCGAAACAAUAAAGGUCACAUACCACAAAGGGAAAUUCCAAGUCCACAGAUCGAUCGAUCGGGGUUUUUUUUUUUUUUGGUUUUUCUAUUCUGUUGGCUUAUUUGUAACGCGGGCAUAGGUCGAAAAGUAUUGUCGAUUGUCAAUUUGAACGGUUGCUGUUGUUAACCGCCAAUAUGGAGGUGGCUUCAAUUGGGUUACUCGUAAGCAUUGUUUCAUUUGGUUUAGUUUUGAAGUCUCGAUUUUUAGUUAAAAGGUGUUUCAAAAAGCACACAAACACACAUACAUACAAACAUACCUUAGUUAAGCCACAACAAUCGUUUUGAAGAGUUUAUUGAAAUUCCACUGUUCUUGGAAAAGCAAAGCGAGAAGAACCAAAAGAAAAUGAAAAUAUGGAAAUUCAUUCACAAUGAAGUAGUAGAUGGAGAACUAAAAGAGAUGAAGAAGAUACACCAAGAUAUUUUCAUAAGGAUAAGAGAUAAGCGAAUGAGUUAUUAUUAAAAUAAAACGAUAAAGAUGAUGACAAAAUGAGAAAGUGUUUAAUUUACAUACGAUGUCAUGUGUCAUACUUAAGGUCACAAUAUGGUAUAGGGGUCGGGGGGGAAGAUACCCUAGUUCGAAUUGCUAGUGUUUUCUCUUAUUUUAUUUAUUUUCUUUUGUGUUUUUUUUUUUUGUUUGUUGCAUUCUUGUGUUCCUUGGUUCCCCAAACACAUAGGAUGAAGGUGUUACAUAUUAUCUUUAUCUUACUAACUGUUGUUUAAUGUGUGUGUGUGUCUCUCUAUAUAUAUUUUGCUGCUAUUUACAUAUGUAUGUGUCGCGCGCUCUUUCUCGAUGUGUCAUUCAUUGUAUUCUGUUUUUAGGUGUGUAGCUUGUAAACCUGUAUGAUUUUCUGAUUUUUCUUCUUUUGUUUUGGUGGUAAUCCCCAAAAGCAAUGAAAACGCACAGCUAAAGAAAGAAAAACACCACAAAUCAUUGUCCAGUUACUAUUAAUAAUUACACAUUUUAUAUAUUAACCAAAAUAAAAACAAAGCAAUUAAUUGAAAUAACAAAAAAAAAAAACAAAAAAAAACGAAACCAA